AUGAUCACUUUUAAUUUAAAUACACUUCUUAAAAUGUUUAACUACAUUUUCAAUGUUCUUUUUAUUAAGAUUUAUAUAAGCUAGCUAUGCAUGAGAUUCAUAUAAAAAAUUUUCAAGUUAAAUAGAUUUCAAGUAGAGUUCUUCACUUUUUUAUAGGUCAUUUAAUACUUUAUUUUUAUGAUAAUUUCAUAAUUCUUUAAGCUAAAUUCAGAAAAUGAAAUCUUUCUUAUAAUAUUAUAAUCAUAAAUUCCAAUUUAUUUAGCUUUAUUCAAAAGUUUUAAGGAUUCAUUUUAAGUUAAUGGAUCUUCAGAUAGUUGUUCAAAUCCAUAUUUUCUGAUAGAAUUACACUCUCAAUAUAAUUUUUCCUCCAAUAUUAAUUCGCAAUCUACUAAUACUCAUCAAUUAGGCUAAAAUAUUUUCUGGUCUAUUUCAAUUUGA